AUGGAACGCAAAAUUGCAAGUGCGGUUCGUGAGAACGGUCAAGCAAUAGAUCAAACUCGUGGCGAAUUGCCAGAUAUCAGAGAUUAUCAGCAGAAAGCCGCACAUCGCGAUAAAGCAAUAAUAGAGUUAUGGUCAAAGCAAAACAGUGCUCUCUCUGAUAAAGUUAAUACUUUGAGCUUAGACUUGGAUAAAUUGAAAGCAAAUUUACAUAAAUUUGAACAAAAGCAUGUUUCUGAUCACCCUACUCAACGAUGCGUACAUAUAGUGGCCAAAACAACAAAAGAUCACGAAUCUGAAAAUCUUUUACUACAACAAAUAAGUGAGAAACAGGUUAAUACCCCAGUUGACUCGUGUGUAAACUGUGCCCAAACCAACGAAUCUUCGUACCCGGUGACUAAACACAACUGUGUGACUAAACAAGAGUCCAAUCUAACACAUCUACAUCAAGUCGGCCUUAAACAAUUAUCAAAUAACUCCAAAAGCGUCAAUGACGUCAUCAACAACAAAGGUUCAAGUGGCAAAUCAAACCCCGAUACCGUAAAUAAUAGACAGAAUUAUGGUCAUCCUCCCACUAGUCAGAAAAUUACUCACAGAUCCGUCAACGGAGAAAAUAGUAUUCCCACCCCGCGACCGGCACCACCGGAGUGGCUGAAAUGCUUGCCUUUGAUUGAUACACCGUACAACGAAUCAAGUAACAAUCCGGUUUUUCGUGGAGUCUUUGGAAGGCGGAAGACUCGUUGGAGAUCUCGCCGGGAGAAGUAUUCGGACAUAGAAUAGAAUAGAAUAGAAUAGAAUAGAAUUUUAUUUGCACUCGAGAAAAAAAAAAUGACAAGAUUAUUACAAUAAAGUGAGAACGGUGCUGGGGAAUUGGAGUAACUAAAGUUUUCGAGCCAAUUCCCCAUAAGAACUAUAUACAACAAUGAAUUAAAUAUGGCAAAUAAUAAUAUAAAAGAAAAAAUAAAUUUACAAAUAUAUAUAGAAAUAUAAUAAACACAUAUAUACACACAUCAUAGGACGAAAUUCGAUUUUUAUUAGCUUUAACCUAAAGUGUAAAUAUAUUGAAAGGGCGCUUUACACCAUUUAAGACGGGUGUUAAAUCCAAGUAAAGAUGGAAGAAGAUUUAUUUAGCAUUACUGAUGUUUAAUUGACCCUUUGUCACAAAAUUUAAGGACAUAACUUUUAUAGAACUUUACACUCAGGAAUUAAAUCUCGUUAAAGAGCAUGGCAAUAACAAUUCCAUUUAUUCAAAAGUGUAAAUGUUUGAAAAGGUCCCUUUUUCCUUUUCAUUACAUAGUUAAACGUCUAUAAAGAACAGACAGGGGCGGAGCGAAGACUAUCCUUUUCGGGGGAUGCAAGACAACUUUUUGCCGACAAAAGGGCGUGGCUAGCACGUUGUUAGGGCGUGGUCAAAACGAACCGUAUUUAUUUUUAAGUGAUGUACAACGAUGAAAUCCGAGUAGUUAGAUAAUUUAUUUUUAAAAUAGGCGAAAUAGUUCCUUAAAAUACAUGGUAUAAAUUUCAAAAAAGCACAUCCAAUCGUCAUCAAACGACCAAUUACAAACUAAACACGUCAGUUUCUCUCUCUUCCAUUUGCGUUUUUGCUUGCUACUGUCCAUACUUUUAAAUCAUCUUCGUAUUUCUCAUUGUAUAUAAGACCGUUAGGUGUAAUUUCUAAGACUUUUACUGGCUUUACAAAAUUAUGAAAUGAAGCGCAGAUGCAUCAACAGUCAACACGCACAUGUGCUUCGAGUUUCCUAUGGUAUCAUAUUUCACAAAAUUGCAAGAAAAUAUAAUGGCUAUUAAAUAGCGUAUUAGCGUAAUAAGUUCUUGGCCAAUUUGGCUGAAUGUUCGGAAAAGGGCCGAGCUUCAGUCAGUCGACAUAUCCAUCUUUUUGAUCUCGCAUUUUCUACAAAUUUUCUACAAACAAUCUCUCUCCAAUCAGGUAUUGCCUAUUGGCUUGAUCCAAUUCAUUUUGCCGACAACUGAUUUAUUGUGCCGACGGACACGGCAUUGGGGGGGUGCGGCACCCCCCCGCACCCCCCCUUAGUUACGCCCCUGAGAACAGAUCACUUUGCUAAAUAUUUAUAAAACAUUUAACAGGCAAAUUAAAGGUAAAAUAAUGAUAUAGUCUCUUUAUCCAGCUUUACACUCAUAAAUUAAAUAUCUUUAGAGGUCAUAAGACGAAAUCUGAACUACAAUCGUGUUUAUUCAAAAGUGUAAAUGUUUGAAAAGGACACUUAAUAUCUUUGCAUGACAUGGUUAAACGUCGAUAAAGAACAGAUACUACGUUUAAACAUUUAGCAAGCAACUUAAAGAUAAAAUAAUGAUUUUUCCACUUUACCCAGCUUUACACCAUGCAAUAAAAUGUUAACAUUUGCACUGCAGCACUGCUGCGAAAGGCAGGACUCGCGGGUCCGCCGGCAGCUUGAACUUGAAACCUCUAAAUGCAGGCCGUUGCCUUGACGACGAAAUGGACAAUGCACAAAUCUUCCAAUGUUUUCUGUGUUUGUCUUUCUGUCAUUCUGUGUAGCUCGUCAGAGAAAAAGCUUUCAGACAUUGUUUCGAACAACACGUUGACGUUUACACUGCAUUAUUUUCGUUGUUCUGAAGAUUUAUUAUCGAUAUGGAUGCGAGACCUACUCAAGAUUAUUUGUUUUGCACCCAUUGUCAAGAAAAUGUGUCCGAAUCUACGUUUAGGCGACACAUGAAUCUAGUCAAUAUGGCUGGUCAAAGUUCAGCGUUUGCUCGAAGCUCUUAUUGUCCGUCUGGAAGGAACUCAUCCGAAUCAGAUAGCAGCUCUGAGUCCGAGGGAGAACGCAUGG